GGGCUUUUGUACUGCAGAACAGAUAGUCAGAAGGUUUGUAUCGAGCAUCAGCACUGUGAGUUUCGCGUUAACUCUAGAAAAGAUUUUUCAGAAGCAUCACAGAGUUAAGGUUUCAUUUUCGAGCUACCAGAAGAAUGUGCGGUCAACGACCUUGGAAUGCCUAACUGACGAAAUAGGGACCAUCAAUUCAAGAAAUAUAUAACAUGCGAAAUUCUAGGUCUUCAAGUCAUCAAGAAGAUAGAAGGUAAGGAAAUAUAAGGAAAAUAUAUUUCUCUAUGAAGCUAUAUAUAUAUACAACGAGCACUGCCGUCUGAGGUUAAACAAAUAAGUCACUUAAAAUCACCCCCAAGGCAGAAUAGAAUAGCCCAGGUGACCCUGGCAGGGGCGCGUUCACCAGGUGCUUUGUGUGCAGUCGCCUACCGUAGUGAAAAAUGGCGGGAGCAGACGAAAGACGUACUCGUCAGGACCUAUACCUGGAAAUUUCGAGAGAACUCACUGAUGAAGAAGUCAGCGACAUUCGCGGUUACAUCGGAGGCAAGCAACUACCAACGGGCUCCAUCCAGCGUGCCACUGCCCAGGAGAUGUUCAACAUGCUAGAACGCAAAAGGAUCUUAAAAAAGGGAGACCUUUCGUUUUUGGUGAAACUUAUGGAAAGUAUCGACAGACAGGAGUUUGCCGAGGCAGCGAAUGAGAUAGCCGAGCAAGAGAGUGAAGGUAAGUCUCCCGAGAAGGAAGUAACCCUAACGAUGGAGAGCACUCCCGACCCCGGGCCGGUGCAAGUGUUCCUGUCCUACCAGUGGGACCACCAGAAACAGGUGAUCCAGCUCCGUGAUGUGCUGGAGAAGAAGGGCUACAGCUGCUGGAUGGACAUUACGAAGAUGGGCGGUGGAGACAAACUGCAUGCGGAGAUAGACAGGGGCAUAAGGCAAGCCAAGGUCGUCAUCAGCUGCGUCACUCCGAAUUACACCAAGUCUGACAGCUGUCAGAACGAAGUCGAACUUGCGUACAGGCUGAAGAAACCUCUGGUGCCCGUCCUGCUGGAGAAAACGGCCUGGCCGCCAGAGGGCCCCAUGGCCAUGCCGUUUGCACAGCUAUUGUACAUCGACUUCACAAAAGAAUCCAAGGAACAUCCUUGGAAGGGAGCAAAACUUAACGACCUUAUCACUAGUCUUGAGCAGAGGCUAAAGGAAUAGCUUUGGUUCUGGAAGAAAUCGAAGGAACAUACGUGUGGUUACCGACGUCGAGUCAAUCGGAAUAGUGCAUAGGAAAAUGUAAAGGGAUGUGAUACAUGUACCCUAUGUAAUGCAUGGUAGGUUAAACAUCUACAGAUAUAAUUAGGCAAAUGAGGACAUAAUUUACAAAAUCGAUGCAAAAGUGCCAUGAUGCAUAUUACAAUACGUAAAUCGUGUAAUAACAGAAGUCACUUUCAUAGUUUAUAAAGAAAUACAAGGAAUACUGUAUGGAAACGACUUUCUCUACAAUCAUUUGAAAUAAAGUAUAUUGAUCACAGCCUUACUCAGUGCAUAAUCAAUGAGACAAGAUGAAACAAGAGAUUUGCAAAAGCUCUGAUUAUUUCAUGGAUCUAUGACGUCUCCAAGCUGUUCAAAGUGUAGUAUUUGCUUUAGUAAAUGUAUGACCUUUGGCUCAGCAUUAGCUUUGAUUCAGAGCAAAGUGGCGCAUUUACUUCAAUGAU